AGCUGAACAAGUUACAAAGAAACCUCAAAGUUAUCUUGGACGACACUGCACGGAGAUUAAAUUGAGAACUGUGUCAUCAUGGUGUGUGAAAAGUGCCAGAAGAAGCUGGGCAGUGUUAUCACUCCGGACACUUGGAAAGAUGGUGCUCGCAACACCACUGAGAGUGGAGGACGAAAGAUAAAUGAGAACAAACUUCUCACUAGCAAAAAGAAUCGUUUCAACCCAUAUACAACUAAAUUUGUGGAAUGCCGAAUAUGCCGAACAAAGGUUCACCAGGCCGGUUCAAACUUCUGUCAGGGUUGUGCUUAUAAGAAGGGCAUCUGUGCUAUGUGCGGCAAAAAAAUAAUCGACACCAAGAGUUACUGUCAAUCAUCAGCUUAAAAUGUUCAGUGAAUGCUUAAGUGUGUGUCUGAAGUGAAUGAACUUAGAUUCAUAUCAGUAGUUUCAGAAUAUAAAUAUAAAUAAAGCAACUUUGAUAGAUCAAUGAAUAUAGUGCUAAUUUUUAUUGCUGCCUAUAAUCAAUACAGAAAUGUUACAUAUCACCAGGUGUUGUAAAUAUUAAAUCAGCAGCACCAGAGUGCUUGGGUAAUGUCGGUUGUGUUGAAUCAGCCUUACAUAACACAAAUUUUAAACUGAUGAAUUUUUCAUCAUCCAGCAAUUCAAAAUUCAUCAGUAUUUUGGUACUUUUGUUAAGAAAACCCAGAAACCUGAUUAAUGAUCUAGUUGUUGCCAGAUGUGAUGUUUUUUCAUGAGAGAUUCUCUAUAACAUACAUAACUCAAUACUGACAUCAAGUAACAUCAGUCCCAGCACUGAACUUGAAAAAAUUUACUCAAGACAUUUGAGAUACAUAUAACAUCUGUUAGCAGCUCUAUAAUCAGCUCUGUUUAGCUCUAAUGAUUCAGUAACUAGUUAUAGGUAGAGGCAGACAUCAUACAUUCUGUGUGAUUAACAUAAUUUUGGUAAAUUAAGAUCGUUGUGUCAGGCCUACCGCAGCCAGCCACUGCCAUCACACGACUAUCUUUUCAAAUUUAGAUUUUUUUAUUUCUUUUAUGCAGUACAGUGGAACCUCAAAAAUCGAACUUAAUCUGUUCCAGGAGCUAGUUCUAAAUUCGAAAAGUCUGAAAUUCGAAGCAAUAUUUCCCAUAAGAAAUAAAGGAAAUACAAUUAAACCGUUCCAGAAACCCAAAAAUAUUCACACAAAAAAUACAUUUUAUAGAGAUUAAUUACAGUUUUACAUACAAUAAAUACUAUAGUUUUUAAUUAUGUAGAGUAAUACAUAUAAAAUAACAUUUUUACUUUACUGAAGAUUGGUGAUGGCAUCUGGAAGAUAGGGAGGAGGAGAGAGAGAGUUAGGGUUAGUGUUUGGAAGGAGAAUCCCCCUCCAUGAGGACUUCAGGUAAAGCCCUCUCUGGGGUUACUUCCUUUCUCUGUCUUUUAAUGCCACUAGGACCAGCUUGAGAGUCACUGGACCCCUGUCUCACACAAUAACUGUCCACAGUCCUCUGUUUCUGGCACCUCUUUAACAUUUCCCUAAAAUGGGAUAUGGUUCUGUUGCUGAACUUGUUGCAAAGAUGGCUUGUUUCAGCUUGCUCAGGGUGGUACUUCUGCACAAACAUUUGGACAUCAUUCCACUUGGCACAAAUCUCCUUAAUCUUUGAAGAAGGCACCUCAUCCACUCCCUAUAUUAACACCUUUCGCAACAUCAGCUUCCUUGAUUUGUUCUUUCUUUGACAGGAUAGAACUGAUGGUCGACAUGUUUUUCCCAUACAUCCUGGCAAGCUCAACAAGUCUCACACCACUCAUACUUCUGUAUUAUUUCCUUCUUCACAUCUAUGGUGUUUCUCACUUUCUUUACCACAGGGGUACCACUAGCAAGUUUCUUUGGGCCCAUGGCAGCUUAUUUCACAGUCCCACAAGCACUAAACACAACGAAAUAAUCGUAAAAUGCAUGAAUGAGAGUGCAGGUUAGUGUUCACUCAAGCAUAAACAAAGCUAGACUGCUCACGGCGCCUGCACGGGGACGCAGAUGGAGCGGGCCGGCAGACAGGUCCCAUACCCGGCGGUCCAAAAAUAGGGCCGCGUUUGAUAAUAGGGACACAGUUUGUCCGAAAAAAUGGUCCUAUUUUCGAAACGUUCGAUAUGUGACACGUUUGAUUUUUGAGGUUCCACUAUAUAUAGAUAAUAUAGUUUACAUUUAAUAAAAUAUUGUUAGGCACAAAAGAAAGCCACUAACAUACAGUGUAUUUUGGGUAAACUAAUCCUCAUGCUUAACACUAUUACAGUACUACCUUCUGUAUCACACUCUCCAACCCUUAGAAGUGUACUGUAGAAUUACAGUUAUUAUUAUAGAAUUACAGUUAUUAUAGAACUACAGCUAUUACAGAAUUACAAUUAUAGAAUUACAGUAAAUAUUAUAGAAUUAGUUAUUAUUACAGAAUUACAGUAUUGUUAUAGAAUUAGUUAUUAUUAUAGAAUUACAGUGUAAUGUUUGCAAUAGUCACAAACACAUGUUGCCAAGCAAAUAAAUGAUUUGUAAACAGGCUUGUUGAAAUAUGCAGGAAGUGCAAAGUAAAUAUUUUUUUGAAAA